AAUUUAGUAAUUUCAUUCAACGUUGUAGAGAAUGGGUGUAUCGUGAGAUUCGGAGCUUUUGCGAUUAUUGUUUUUAUUUGCGUGUUUGUUAGUGACAAUGCGGUUGUUAAAUCUUUCUCUUGACAUUGACUAGUGGUUUAAUUUUGCCUUCAAAACGGCUGUUAAUUGGACUCUGGUGGCAAAAUAGUGAUAUCAGUAACAAUGCCGGGUCUUAUUGGUAUUGGUGAAUUCAUUGAGGAAACUCGAGAGGAUUACAGUUCACCGACUACAUCUACGUUCGUGUCACGAAUUCCACAAUGUCGUCAAACAAUCAACGCUCUAGAAGAGACAUUGGAUUACGACCGCGAUGGCCUAACGAAACUGAAGAAGGCGAUAAAAGCCAUACACAACUCCGGAAAUGCUCACGUGGACAACGAGAUGUAUCUUUCACGAACGCUGGAGCGGCUCGCUGGAAACGCUCUUAGCAAAGAUUCUGAGCCAGAUAUUGGAGCAGCCUUCUUCAAGUUCGCUGUCGUCACAAAGGAACUAUCGGCACUUAUGAAGACUCUGAUGCAAAACAUUAACAACAUAGUAAUGUUUCCGGUCGAUAGCCUUCUAAAAGGAGACCUGCGUGGUGUCAAAGGUGAUCUAAAAAGGCCUUUCGACAAAGCUUCCAAAGAUUACGAGUCUAAAUAUUUGAAAAUCGAGAAAGAGAAAAAAUCGCAAGCAAAAGAGGCUGGCCUCAUACGUAGCGAAGUUACGUCCGCUGAAAUAGCCGAUGAAAUGGAAAAAGAAAGGAGACUUUUUCAACUACAGAUGUGCGAGUACCUGAUCAAGUUCAAUGAAAUAAAAACCAAAAAAGGAAUCGAGUUGCUUCAGCAUUUAGUUGAGUACUAUCACGCGCAGACAAAUUAUUUUCAAGACGGCUUGAAGACAAUCGAACAUUUCGGUGUUUAUGUAGCUGAUCUGAGUGUCCAGCUACAGAAAAUUAGACAGCAACAAGACGACGAGAGAAGGGGGCUCCUAGAAUUGAGGAACAUGUUGAGGGCAGCAGCGCCACAGGAUCGAGAGGUAGCCUCUUCGGUGGGAGGCUAUUCUCUCCACCAACUGCAAGGCGAUAAACAACACGGGGUGACCAGAAGUGGUUACCUUUUAAAAAAGUCCGAAGGUAAAGUAAGACGUGUUUGGCAAAAACGUCGCUGUCGGGUCGCCGCUGAAGGUUUUCUGGAUAUAUUCCAUGCCGAUGAAAACAAGACUCCAGCUAGAGUUAAUCUAUUGACGUGCCAAAUCAAAGUAGCCGCAGACGAUAAGAGGGCGUUCGAUCUAGUCUCAUACAACCGUACCUAUCACUUCCAAGCCGAAGACGAGGCCGAGCAAAGGGCUUGGACAUCAGUUCUGGUGAACUGCAAGGAGGGGGCCCUGAUGAGAGCGUUCCACCAGCAAGUAGGCGAGAGUAGUGACUCCGGUCAUUCACUGCUAGAUCUACAGAGAUCUAUCAUACGCGCCGUUAGAUCAAUGCCCGGAAAUCAAGUGUGCGCUGAUUGCGGUUCGACAAAUGAUCCGACAUGGCUAUCGACAAAUUUCGGUAUAAUAGUUUGUAUCGAAUGUUCUGGAAGUCACCGAGAACUCGGCGUUCAUAUAUCGAGGAUUCAAUCUUUGACUUUAGACAGACUGAGCACUUCGCAGCUAUUACUGGCCAGGAACAUGGGUAAUCAGAUGUUCAAUGAAGUCAUGGAGAACACGCUCGAUGAUAGAGACAAACUCACGCCCGAGAGUACGAUGGAAGAGCGUCUCAGGUUCAUACGCGAGAAGUACGUGUACAGAGCGUGGGCGGCGCGCACGUGUCGCGACGCGGCCGAGCGUCUCUCCGAAGUUGAGCACGCAGUCAACAACGGACACUUGCAGAACCUGUUGCAGGCGUACGCUGAAGGCGCCGAUCUGGCUGCGACGCUUCCUUGUUCGGACUGCGGCGAGACAGCCCUCCACUUGGCCAUAUCGCGGGAACUGGGCGACGGUUCCUGCUUGCACAUAGUCGAUUUUCUAGUCCAGAACGGUGGUUCUCAACUGUUAGACAAGGCGACCUCGACCGGCAUGACGGCUCUGCAUCUGUGCGCGGCGACCGAUCGAACGGAACCGAUGAAGUUGCUUCUCAAAGCCGGCGCCGAUUCGUCGGUCAGGGACGGCAGCGGUCGGACGCCCUUGCAGAUAGCGAGGCAGCUGGGCCAUCAUGGAUGUCAGGAAUUGUUGGAGAGUGUGGAUAAGAGAGAUAAAAACAUAUUCGAGAACAUAAAUAUAGACUGGAACUUAUCGCACGACGACGGCUCAACUGACUUCUCGGAUGACGACACUGUUAUCGACGAAAGACAAAACGGUAGCGUUACUCCGGAGAAGAAGUGUCCGCGUUCCCGGCCGCCGUCGUACGCGGGUGGGUCGGUGGGUCCGGGCGCGGCGCCCGCGGGCAGCGCCGGCGGCGACUCCCCCGUGCUGCGGUCCCGCUCGUCGACCUGCGAUUCGUUACACCACGCCCCCCCGACGCCAACUACGCUGCCAAGGAAACCUAACGUCUAUAACAUAGGCAGCUUAAAGAAGCGAGCGGCGCCCCUGCCCCCCGCCGUGGCGCUGUCCCACCCCCCGCCGCACCCCCGCUCUACUCCCUCGCCCUCUGCCGACACCACACGCUCACUUCACGUUAUCAGCUCAGCUUCGGGUGUGAAGCAUCGUCCCCAGCAGCCUCCCCCCACCCCGCCGCCGACCGUCUCCUCGCUGCACAACGGUGCGUUUCACCGCGACGAACCGACGCCACCUCCCAGGAAGAAGAAAAAUAGAUUACACCUGGAAAUGGCUGCGAAAGCGAAACUCAAAAGGGAAUGUUCUAGUCAAGACUCGUCAUUAGAGUUGUGCGAUAUAACGGAUUCGUGCUUGGACGAGAGUCGGUUGCAUUCGGCCAUGUCGUGCGACAGCUCGCGGUCCAGGGACCGAUCCAGGCGCAGCGACAGUCGGUCGCUCGACGUCUCCGACACGUCCAGCGUGCACUCCAGAUCGCCGUCUGCCUCUAUCACUAUGAUGGGCGGCGUCAGACGGUGUCGGGCUCUGUACGAUUGUUCGGCGGACAACGAAGACGAGCUGUCGUUCCGCGAGGGCGAAGUGAUCGUGGUCAUCAACGAACGCACCGAGGACGACAACUGGAUGGAAGGUCAAGUCGAGGGCACGAGCAGGCGAGGGAUGUUCCCCGUCUCUUUCGUUCACAUGCUACCCGACUAGUGAUAGAUGAACGCGUCGAGAAUGAACAGUUCAGUUUCGGCGGCGUGAUCGUGGUACACACACACACCGAACAUAACAUACGCCUCGAAUUGAGAAGCUCCCGUUUUUUAAGUCGGUCAAAGCGAAAACCACGGUAGUGAGGAGACUGAAGUAACUCAACACCUAUGCUCUGUAACACAAACGUACGGAAAUUACGUUCGUCUAAAUGUAACCUUGUAUUAAUAUUCUGCUAUUAAUGUAAGUGUAUUUGAAUGUCUAAUCUGCUUAUCACUAAAAAAUAAUGAACACCAUAAAAACAUUUUACUAAAUAGUCCAUAAAAUACUAUGAACUUUGUAAUAAAACUCUCGUAAAGGCCUAAGCAUUGGUUUUCAGUUCCAAUUGAUUCUAAUGUCAACAUAAACUAGAUCAUCAAUUUUUUUUAAUAUAUAUUAGAAUGCUGACUGAUAUUAUUCGGUUUUGCAACUCGUCAAAAUAAUCGAAAUUAUUUUUACGAUUUAAUCUCUCGUGUCUCGUCAGUUGUCGCCACGACAACGAAAAGUAUAAAGUAUUUAUUGAAACCUUAGAAAUAAUAAAGGCGAAACUGUACCGUGAAAAUUGUUUUGUUUAUAAUACUUACAUUUUAAGUAUGUCCUUUGCAUUUGUACUAAAUGCAAUUUUGUAUGAUUCUCCAAGUAAAGCAUAAAUUCUGCUCAAUGAACUCGGCUUUAGCUCUUUGCGUCGAAUCCAAGUUCGCCCUUGUAAUUUGACGUCAUUCUUAUUUUGCAGGCUUAACUAGGUAAUGCCAAUCAAAAGUUAAGUCAAAGAUCAGUAUUUGCAACCCCUUAAAAUUGUUUUUAAAUUAACCAUUUAUAACUUAGUUAAAUUAAAACAUGGCAUUAUUUACGCAAAUUAAAACACUACAUGAUGUGUACUCAUGAUGUGAAGGUAGAAUUUAGAAAAUAAAUAUAAACUAAUUUAUUUAAUUGAUUUUAAGUAGCUACUGGAACUGUUUACUGAUUCGUGAGAAGAAUAGACGGUAAUUGUAUACAACCUACCAUCCUAUCACCAUUAAAAUAUAAUAAAAUAGUUAAAAUCUUAACUGUUUAAUUCGCAAGCAAAAAUUGACAAAUGAUAAUCCUUAAUUAGUUGACCAAAGCUAAAGCUGAGACCUCUUUGAAAAAGGCGCUAAGAAAAUUUAUUUUUUACUAAGAAUUUACAAUUCGUCAAUACCUUGACUGCCGGUCAAUGUCAAUAAUAAAUAAAGUACUAUUUUAAUCUCAGUAAAGAAAUUUCAUUAUUAUUAAAAAAAAAAUGACACCAAUAAUAUCAUUAAAAGAUUGUGCAUUGGCCGUCCUAAAUGGGAUUUUAUACUUUUCUUUUUUAAACUUUAUACAGUAAUUUUAUGUAAGAGUACAUAUUUGAGGUAUCACUUAUCGAUAAAGGACGAACUGUUUUUUUACGUGUGCUGUAAAGCCUAUAGAUUUGCGAACCAAUUUUUUGUACUACUUUGUAAUGUAAUUCAUAAGGAGCAAAUAAAAGGGCAAUAAAAAAAACCUCAAGAAAACAUUUUUGUUUACGGUAUUCGUUUUUGAAUAUUUUUUAAAAAUUAACGGUUGAGCAUUUAAAGUAUUAAAAUUAAAAGUUUAAUAUGUAGAAAGUGUUAUAAUUGAAUCAAUACGAUUUAGUAAAAGAAAGAAGCGACUUAGCUAUGUAUACUUAUGGUUAUGGUAGAACCAUUGAUUCAGUCGCAGGCGAAUAACGCUUAUGAUGUCAUAUGUUUCAAUUUAAUUAAUGUUGCACUUCUAUCUUCUAAAAAACAUUAUAAUUACAUUUUGAACAACAUCGAUUUGAUUCGAAUUAAAUAUUUGAAAAUUUAAAACUGGCAACAUUUUCUUCAAAUUGAAAACAAAUUGAAUUGAAACAUAGAACAUAAUUUAUUGUACAGUUCAAAUUAAUAGUGAUUUGCCAAAAAUAAUAUGUGAUCUGUAGUUUGGAGAUAUAGAGGUAUAGUAUAAUAUAUUCAGCUGUGAACUCUUGUCGGACCAGUGUUUCUUGUAUAGUUUGUUCGUGUAGCUUGGUAUUGCUGUGUCUUAGACCGUUGGUGCAUGCUUUCUAGAUUUCGGUAGUCUAGCGGGACUGGUUUUCAUUGUAUAAUCAUUUCACUACUCAUUUCAAAUCGCCAUCUUUGUUGUUUUGACAUGAGGGAUUUAAUAAAACUAGCCAAUCUGAAUAUUGGUGAUGGGGGAACUGCUCCAGGUUUUAACUGCACGGUUAAUAUAUUUAAAAUGCGAUGAGGCAAUGUAAAGCGCAUGAAACAUCCUUCAGCCGCCCCGUUAAAUGAGUGAAUGACAUUUGAAGGACAAAUUUUGUGCGCUGUAUAUUGCGGAUUAUCAAUAAAAUAGUAACGUUUUGAUUCUUAAUAGGAUAUCGGAAGUUUUAUAUUAUGGCCGUCACAAAUAUAAAUCUUAGUAAAGUAAAUGAAUUUUAUACAGUUCAACUAUGUUAAUAUCAUUCGGUAGCGGUUCCCUUGCACUCUAGAUUUUUAAUUAAAUUAAAAUGUUUUUCGCGGGUCGAAACAAGAUUUAAGUCACAAUUUUGUAUCGUAUCGUGUGAAAUUAAUUUCUCGACGUUUCUUUAACUAACCACCUGUAUUUGGUUUGUUUUAACUUUUUUUUUUUAAACUAGUGUGUGAAUUUCGUAAUUCGUAAAUCUCGUUUUAAUAGUAACUUACUAUAUUACAAAUAUUGGAAUCACACAAUUCGGACCAAAGAUAUUAAAAUUUAUUGGAAUGAAGUCUCGCUCAUAAAUUGAAAAUUUAUAUUAUUCUGAAGAGAACAUCUGCAUAAAGGCAAAUAAAAUUGUUUUGUAUAACGUCAUAGCUGAAUUAAGAUUGUUAAUUGUUAAAUCAAAUUCUAAAUCUACACUAAAAAAGUAACAAUAUACAAUGUAG